CACCAGCCACCGUGCGUGCCGGGGCUGACGCGAGUACCCGCAUACAGAGUGCGGAGUGUCGUUGCGCGCAUCCUCGGUUCAUUUUCCUCCAGAUAGCCUACAAUUCUUCUUCCUCCUCUUCUUCCUCUUCUUCUUCUUCUUGUUCCCCUCUUCCUGACGCAGGGAAAAAAAAGAAGAGUGGCUCCGGAGCUCUCUUUCAUCAUAUGUGUAAGAGCACUCCCCCCCUCCUCUUCCUCCUCCUCCUCUCCACCGAGCUGCGUCUCUCAUCUCAACAGGAAACUAGAGACAAUAUUCGGAAUAUUGGGUACCUCUCCGCGGUAAUGCCAUGUGACAAGGCUUUUUCAUCAUUUGGCGUCUCUUCUGCCCUCUCAGCCUCCAACAACAAAAGUCGCUGUGUUCUGUGUGUCAGCCUGCUCCGGCGUUGGCGAUAUUCAAAGAGGGGCUGACCUGGAGGAGAGAUCUAUACAGAUAUAAGAAAAAAAAAAGCUCCUGGUGAAAAUGGAAGUUUUGGCCGUUGGCUUGGUCCGCUGAGGCUGCUGCUGCUGCUGCUGCUGCUGCUGCUGGUUGGGUGAUUGGUGCAGGAGGGGAACUGCGUCGCCUGGUCUGAAAAGGCUGAAAGGGAAUCACGGGUCAUUUCUUUUUACCAGGACCUGCUUUUCCAAGAUAACUAGGUGUUUUUCUCUCUCUCUCUCUCUCUCCCCUCACGUCAUCGAAUGGUUAAAGAUUUAUUCUCUCUAAAUGAGCAGCGACGUCCUCCGAGCCUCCUCAGUUCGCCUUAACGCAGCAGCGUUUUGGAUGCGGGGUCGUUUCCUCUGCGGCUCAGCGUCUCUCCGCUCGCCCAGAAUAUGAUUUAACGUCGGGAGGCGGAUUUCAACAGGGUCCCUGUCUGUGACUACCCGGGGAAUCUCUUUACUUGUUUUUUUCUUUUUCUUUUUCUUUUUUUUUGGCUCUACGGAGGAGCACCGCACUCCAGCGUCAAGCGGAGAGAAUCUCCAGGCAGAUAUUACAGGGGAAUUUCCUUGACCGCCCUUACAGAUGGACUAAAGAGAAGAAGCUCCGGGUUCUCGGGAUUUUAAACUCUGUUCGCUCUCUCACUCAGAGAGCUGUGGUUUUUCUCUGCUCCUGUGGGUUUUUUUCUUCUUCUUCUGUCUUUGAGGGGGGAACAUAUCUGAGGACAACAUGAAAGUUAUCUCGGCUGUGUUGCUCGUCGCCGUUUUUUGGAGCCAGGAGUGGAAGUCGGCGCUUUCGGAUUCAAUCAUCCACAUCGGCGCCAUCUUUGACGAGUCAGCACGGAAGGACGACGAGGUGUUUCGCCUUGCCGUGGCAGAUCUCAAUUUGAACAAUGAGAUCCUGGAGACGGAGAAGAUCACCAUCUCUGUGGAGUUCGUCGACGGGAACAACCCCUUCCAGGCAGUGCAAGAAGCCUGUGAGCUGAUGAACCGUGGUAUCCUGGCUCUGGUCAGUUCAAUCGGCUGCAUGUCAGCGGGCAGCCUUCAGACUCUGGCCGACGCCAUGCACAUCCCCCACCUCUUCAUCCAGCGCUCCACAGCGGGAACACCCCGCUCCGCCUGCCCACUGACCAGUCGCCUGCCCGGAACAGAUGACUACACCCUAAUGGUCCGCCCACCCGUCUAUCUCAACGAGGUCAUCAUGCAAGUGGUGUCCGAGUACAGCUGGCAGAAGUUCAUCCUCUUCUAUGAUUCUGAUUUUGAUAUCCGUGGUAUUGAGGAUUUCCUAGACCGGACCUCCCAGCAGGGAAUGGAUGUAUCCCUUCAGAAGGUGGAAUCUAAUAUCAACAUGAUGAUCACAAGUCUGUUCAGAACAAUGCGAGUUGAAGAGCUGCAUCGCUACAGGGACACACUGCGCAGAGCUGUGCUCUUCAUGAGCCCAGCCACUGCAAAGGCUUUUAUCACUGAGGUGGUGGAGACCAACCUGGUGGCGUUCGAUUGUCACUGGAUCCUGAUUAAUGAGGAGAUUUCCGACUACGACUUGCAAGAGUUAGUCAUGAAGUCAAUCGGCCGACUGACGCUGGUGCGCCAGACGUUUCCCAUGCCGCAGAACACAACUCAGCGCUGUGUCAAGCACAACCACAGGAUAAACAAUUCCCUCUGUGACCCCAAAAACCCGAGGUCUCAGCAGCUGGAGAUCACCAACCGCUACAUUUAUGACACCGUGCUGCUGCUGGCCAACACCUUCCACAGAAAGCUGGAGGACAGGAAGUGGCACAGCAUGGCCAGUCUGAGCUGCAUCAGGAAGAACUCCAAGCCGUGGCAGGGGGGCAAGAGCAUGCUGGAUACUGUCAAAAAGUUUGGAGUGAGCGGCCUCACCAGUUUCCUGGAGUUCACCGACAAUGGCACAAACCCCAACAUCUUCUUUGAAAUCCUGGGAACAAAUUACGGCGAAGACAGGGGACGCGGAGUCAGUAGGCUGGCAACGUGGGACCCAGUCCAUGGCUUGAACGGCACGCUGACAGACAGAAAAUUGGAAAAUAACAUGAGAGGCGUGGUGCUACGUGUUGUCACUGUUCUGGAGGAGCCAUUUGUCAUGGUGUCGGAGAACGUUCUGGGAAAACCAAAAAAGUACCAGGGCUAUUCAAUCGACGUGCUGGAUGCGCUGUCCAACUACCUGGGCUUCAAGUACGAGAUCUACGUCGCUCCGGACCACAAAUACGGCAGCUUGCAGCCUGACGGACAGUGGAACGGAUUGAUGGGCGAAUUGGUCUUCAAGCGAGCCGACGUGGGACUCUCUGCCCUGACCAUCACGCCUGAGCGAGAGAGCGUCGUGGACUUCACCACACGCUACAUGGAUUAUUCCGUGGGCGUUCUGCUGCGCAAGGCUGAACGCACGGUGGACAUGUUUGCCUGCCUGGCGCCCUUCGACCUGUCACUGUGGGCGUGCAUCGCGGGCACCGUGCUCCUCAUUGGCAUCCUGGUGUACCUGCUCAACUGGCUCAACCCACCCCGGCUACCCAUGGGAUCCGUUUCCUCGACAACGCUGUACAACUCCAUGUGGUUUGUGUACGGCUCCUUUGUCCAACAAGGUGGAGAGGUGCCCUACACCACCCUCGCCACCAGGAUGAUGAUGGGCUUCUGGUGGAUGUUCGCCCUCAUCGUCAUCUCCUCGUACACCGCCAACCUAGCAGCCUUCCUCACCAUCACACGCAUAGAGAACUCCAUACAGUCUCUCCAGGACCUAUCCAAGCAGACAGAGCUGCCUUAUGGUACAGUGUUGGACUCAGCGGUCUACGAUCAGGUGCGCUCCAAGGCCAUGAACCCUUUCGAGAGAGAUCCCAUGUACUCCCAGAUGUGGCGCAUGAUCAAUCGAACCGGGGGAGGAGAAAAUAACGUUGAGGAGUCCAAAGAAGGCAUCCGCAAGGUGAAAUAUGGCCGUUUUGGUUUCGUGUGGGACGCAGCGGUGCUGGAGUACGUCGCUAAUAAUGAUGAGGACUGUUCGUUCUACACCGUCAGCAACACAGCACCAGACCGUGGCUACGGUAUCGCCAUGCAGCACGGCAGCCCCUACAGGGACAUCUUCUCCCAGAGAAUCCUGGAGCUCCAGCAGAACGGUGACAUGGAUAUACUGAAACUCAAAUGGUGGCCGAAGGACAGCCCCUGUGACCUUUACGGCUCAGUUCAGACACGACAGCGUGGCAACGCACUGGACAUCCACAGCUUCGCCGGGGUUUUCUGCGUCCUAGCAGCUGGCGUGGUGCUCUCCUGCCUCAUUGCCAUGGUGGAGAGCUGGUGGUCUCGGAGGAAGGGAUCCAGGGUCCCCUCCAAGGAGGACGAUAAGGAGAUCGACCUGGAGCACCUACACCGCCGGGUUAACAGCUUGUGCACCGAGGAUGAAAGCCCCCACAAGCAGUUCUCCACCUCUUCCGUCGAUUUAACACCCCUUGACAUGGAUGCGCUGCCGGCCGCGCGCCAGGCACUCGAGCAGAUCAGCGACUUCCGCAACACCCACAUCACCACCACCACCUUUAUCCCCGAGCAGAUCCAGACCCUCAGCCGCAGCCUCUCUGCCAAAGCCGCUGCUGGAUUUUCCGCUGGCUUCGGUGGCGGCGGCGGCAACGUCCUCCAGGACCACCGGACUGGCGGGGUGGGCCCUUUCAGGCAGAGGGCCCCCAACGGUGGCUUCUUCCGCAGCCCCAUUAAAACAAUGUCCUCCAUCCCCUACCAGCCCACAGGUCCGGGACCCAACUUUGGAUACGGCAAUGAUCCAGACAGGGGCACCUCUAUAUGAGGAGUUGCUAAGGAUACGGUUGGUUCAGGAGGAAGAGGAGGAGGUAGAGCAGAAGGAGCGAGGCGAGGUGGCGAGGGUCGGUCGGUCACGGGAUGGUAGAACAAAUACAUUGUGGCUGAUCUAAAAAGUCAGAAGAUAGAGAUCCGUGUACAUAGGAAUCUUUAUGUUUUCAGUUUCUGCUUGGGUGUUUCCAGGGGUGUCCAUUAUGUACGUGGAGAAGACGAAGGAGGUGGAGGUCUGUCGGGGGUUUCUAUCCUCCUGCAAACCAUGCCGGUGAGGUGCAAAAAGGGAUGGGGGUAAGGGGGGGUGGGGGGCCUGAAUCUUUGCUUUAUUGUUGUUGCUGUUGUUGUUGUGAUUGUUUGGGGGAUUAUUUUGGGAUAUGUGUGAAAGGGGAUCUCUUUUUUAUUGUUUCUGUUUUACGAUAUGAAGACUGCCUCAUAUAAAGGAGAUCUGCUGAAAUGACCUGACUAUUAUUAUCUAAACCCCACGUCGGAGGGUUUGGUUUACACCUACCCCAACCACGGGAAACACUUGGAUGUUCCUGUGAGCACCAGGGCUGCCAUUGAUGGCGUAUAUAACCAUCAAACAAGUCAAAGGGGCUCACACUACCAAGCGAUUAAGGGGCAGUUCUUUUGUGAAGGCAUAUUUAACAGUAGUUUUGUCUGUAGCCCUGGGAACACAUACAGCAGCUCCUUGUAGUUUCGAAAAAGGUCUCAUCUCAGUGGAUAAUGGAAGAUUCCACUUCUCCAGUUUUACUCUGCCUUUUCACUAUGUGGGAGUCCAUACUGAGUUUUUUCUGUUCUCUGGUGUUGUUCCACAAAUAUCUGGGGUUCUAAAUGUCCAAUCAUCUCCCAAGAUGGUGUCCACACGGUGGCCUGCCUAAGACCUAAGACUUCACAGCCGAACUCACGCUGACGCCAUCACGGCGCAUCGGUCUGGAAACCGCUGAAAUGCCAUGACAGUGCAACAAAAUGACACUGCAGAAUCGCCAGUUUUGGUGCGUCAACUAUAUCUGCCAUUUUGGUGCAUCAGCCUGAAACUGUUUUCACCAUUUUGAUGCACAUUGAAGACUCUUUGUCGAUCCCACUGCACUGUACCAGUGCCCACAGACCUGUAAGUGAUUGUAUGUAGAUCUGACCUUUUUUUCUUUUCUCACCUGUACCGUGCUCUCUGCUUUUCAAGUCAAGGUGAGAUCCUCCAAUCAGACUCUCACAAGGAUAGCAAAAAGGGAUGAUAUGAAAAACAACUUAAAGGAAAAAAAAACAUAAAAGACAAAGCCGAAAGACUUCAAAAAAGCUUAUGCUUAUUAUAUGUCUUUUAUUGAUUUUUUGUUUUUGAAAAAAAAAAUAGAUUUUAAUGCGUGGAAUGUGUUUUGGUCAGGAAGUACAAAAAAUAACAUUGUUCUGAGCUGUCUACUUGUUUUCUUUCCUCUCAGCAAACUUUGAAAAACUGCUAAAUGAGUGCUGUAGUCUCUGGUUUUGCAUCAUUAAGUCAUUCAAACUUUCAA